CGCCCUAUCCCCGUCGUCACCUACAGCCUCAGCCGCUUCUCCGAAUCCAUCUCUCCCAUCCCCACCGUCCGACUCACCCGUAACCGCCUCCGUGACUCCCACACCAUGCGCCGCCUCCUAGCCUCCGGCGACCUCGCCGUAUGCCCCGAAGGCACCACCUGCCGCGAACCCUACCUCCUCCGCUUCAGUCCUCUGUUCGCCGAGCUGGCCGAUGACAUCGAACCAGUCGCCAUCGAAGCUGGCUGUUCCAUGUUUUACGGAACCACCGCUACCGGCAUGAAGUCACUGGAUCCGAUAUUUUUCUUUCUGAAUCCGAGACCAAGUUAUCGGAUCAGUUUUCUCGGUCGUGUUCCGAAGGAGAUGACGGUCGCCGGAGGGUCGUCGGCGGCGGAUGUUGCGAAUCGCAUUCAGAGG